AGAGUUGAGAAAUUAAUGAAAGGGUUAAUCUUAAAGCAAUCUGUAACAGUAAAUCCACCAUGGACUACUCCAAACCCGCUUUGUUGGAACGUGCUGCCUGAACAGACGGUACUGAUAGCGGACACAGACGAUUGCCAGAUGUACUGGGAGUGCCGUAGUUCCGUGUUGACUCAUGAGACGUGUCCGCCGUACUUGCUCUUCGACGAAUCCAGGCAAUUGUGCGACUUUCCCGAGUUUGUCAACUGCCUAGGUCCUACGCCAACCCCGGAUCCUGAUUUCACCACAUCGGACACCGACGAUCCUCGCUGUGCUGACAUGCAAACUUCGUACUGGCUCCAUCCCACUCUCUGUGACGUGUACAUCGAGUGUUAUCGUGGGCACAGUUACCAGAUGGAUUGCCCACCUGGGCUUUAUUUCAGCGCCAUUGCGAAGAAGUGUGUGCCCCCUGGCCAGUCGGAGUGCGGGCGGACUACACCCACUGAAGGUCCUACGUAUCCGUCGGAUUGGACUGGGGAACCAGAUUGUCCUUACCCUGAGUCUGAAGGAAAACUGAGUCCUGUUCGUGGUGACUGUACGAAAUUCUACGAGUGUGCUGGAGGCAGAAACGUCAUAUUUGAUUGUCCCUCGAAUUUGUGGUACAGCGAUUUUUACAAAGAGUGUGUUUAUCCAUAUCAGUCAGAGUGUACAUGGGAUAAGCUCUCGUUUCUAAACCGUAUAUAUAAAUUUGUGUUGAGGUAUUAAUGGAAACAUGAUGUGUAUUAAUAACUGUAGUUUAUUGGUUAAUUAAAACAUUAUGGGACAAAUAAAAGUCAACAGAA